CAUGGCUGGUUCCUGGGUUUUCAUUCUGACCUUCUGCACCAUCAAUACAGUCCAAACUCGGAGGAAAUUUUCCCACUCUGUCACAAAACCAGAUGUUUAUCAGCUGGAUGAAGUACUCUGUGUGGAUAUCGGUGACUCGGUUACUCUACAGUGCUGUAUUUUUGGAAAAUAUGACGGGCCGAUUAUGUGGUACAAGCAACCAAACAGAAAACAGCCCCAGCUUAUGAGCAGAGUAUUUACAAGUACUGGAGAAACAUUUUUCAAUGAAUUCCAAAAUCUUCGUUUUCAAGUAAAAAGAUCUUCAAACCGCUCCAAUCUGACCAUUUCUAACAUCAUCCAGUCUGAUGAAGCCAUGUACUACUGUGCUACCCCAGUACCAUACAGUGUGUUUGGAAAUGGGACGUAUUUAAAAAUUAAAGGUGAACAUGUUACUAUUGAAUCAGAAACAUCUAAACCAGCUCUGUGUGAUAAUUCAGUGGGCCGUGAACCAACACUGCAUGGAAACAGCACUAACAUGAACACACAAGAGAAAACAGUGCUCGGUUUGGGAACGGCUUUGGGUUUGUGUGCACUUCUGAUUUUCUGUCUCAUUUAUUUCAUACUGAGGAGAAGAAAAUGGGAUAAAACAAAAGCAUCUAUAGAAUUUUCUCCCGGAGCGAUGCAGGAAUCUGAAGCAGAAACACUGAAUUAUGCAGCGUUGAAAUUCUCCAAGAGGAAAGCCGGAGUUGAAAAAAGGAAAGCUGGUUCAUCACAUGAGUGUGUGUACUCCGAAGUGAAAUCUAGCCGUAAUACAUAAAAUUAAUGAUUCAUAACAUGUCUUUCUAACAAUUCAUCUCAUCCCUUUAAUUUAAUUUAAUUCCACUGAAUUUAAUUUCCUGAUUACUACUACUGAAAACAGCUCCUGUUUUGCACUU